AUGGACUCUCCACUCCGACACUCUCUCGGCACUACUAAUGCACCUCCACUAAACGAUAGCCCGCGGAUAAUCCCCAGCGCGCGCUCGUCCUCGCGAGGCUUUCAGAAUAAUGCAGGUGCAAGCAACAGCCCGCCCUCGAACGGCAUGACUGGACAACGAACUCGCGCGGGAGCUGCAUCGGCAGCUGGACCAGGGACUGGAACAGACAGCCCUCCGCGCACACCACCGCCACGACACGCUCGCGGCGCAAAAGGCAAACAGAGGCGUGUCGAACAAGUGACUGAGGAGGACGAGUCCGACAAUCCACGCCAUUCGCAUGGCCUGAGCUGGAACUCAAACACACGCGACUCUGUCGUCGACAAUCUUCUCUUCUCCCUGGACAACAUUGCACGAGGGGAAAGCGAGGGGGAUGCGCAGGACGACGACCGCCACCGCUUCCUCAAUUCACUGACGACGAGCGCCUUCACCAUGUCUGGAACGGGGCGUCCGCGCGGGCAUACGCACUCUUCAUCGGCUUCGGACUACACAGCAUCACCAGGGAGCGAUUUUUCAGCGACUCCCAAGGGACGACGCAGUAACAGCAGCACGAACUUCUCCCUUCAUACGGCACGAAGAGCGAAUGGAAACGGAAGAGUCAAUGGCAUCCCCGAGGCACAGAGCGAGUCCUACAACCCUCCAGACAUUCGCCGGGAGGACAAGAGCAGCAUACAGCAAGCCUUUGGCUCUGCGCUUGAGGGCAGCAGAGCUGCUUGGAAUGGGAAAUCUGCGAGCAUGGACAGCCUGCACCUGAACGCGGAUGGCACGUCAGUGUUGACACGCGGCCGUCCGGUCCCCUCUGUGCACAGCACGUACGAUGCAGUCCUCGACGCCGAUGCGGCACCCGAGCCGAUAGUCGCAGCAGGUCCUCGCAAAAUGGAGAACCCAAACGGAACUGGGCCGGUCUACGUCAACCAACCGUCAAAGUCCCAACCACUGUCCAAAUCCGGUACCAUUCGGAAAGUUACAACGCAGACGGAUCUGCGAUCGGCUAACAGCACGCAAAGUUCCCUGAUACCGCAGGACAUCAGGAACCAGGCGGCGGAUUUUGUUCGGACCAGCAGCAUGCGUGGUUCCGCGAACGAUCAUCCCGUUUCCGUGCAAACCUACGCUGCGCCAAGCCCAGACGUGACCCGGAGACGAGAGCCGUCUCCUGCUCGUGAUAAGCCUGGCUUCUUCAAACGAGUUUUUGGCGGCGCCUCUUCUCGCGCUGUGUCGAGCCCAGUAGAGCGGCCCAUGUCCAAACAAGUCGUGCAACAUCCUGGUGACAUGCCUGAUGCAACGAUCCGUUCCACAUCGCAAGCCUCYGCGGGCACCCAGGUCAAGAACGAGACGAAGCAAACAGCACCUGCUAUGGCCUCGCAUCCUCCACCUAGCUUGAACAAGAAGCCCUCCUCCUUCUUCCGACGAAGAAAGAAGUCGGCGUCGGACUCCAUUGCACCGCCACCGCUACCGCUCCCUCCGAAAGCCAAUGUCAGUGUCAACUUGGUUCCCAGUAACAAAAUCGCGGAACCCAGCCCGUCGAUUAGCAGUCUGCGAAAAGUAAUGGAUCCGUUCCUAACACAGGAGUCUCAGUUGACCCCUACAACAACACAGCAAGAAGAAGUGACCCGACAGACAAGCAGUACAAAUACUGAGAAUUCCGAAGACCUGAAUCUUUUCCACUCCGGAUACACCCCACCAGCAGAUUCAUCGCUCAACCUGCGUCAUCCACUUUCCCGUGAACAAUCCAUGGCGCAGAUAUCGGACCCCGAAGUCAGCCCAGUACCAAAGAUGAAACUCAAAAAGCGGAGGCCAAACUCUGCUGAAACAUCAAAAGCCCAAUCAGGCGACGUCAAUGGUUACAUCCAAGAUCCCAGCAGUCAAACUUCGGUCGGGACCCUUCAAGACCAAGCCAACGCUCGCGUCAAAGUCUCCCCCAUUUCCACCAUCUUCCCCGCAGACGCGAGACAUGCCGAUUUUGGUAGUCGCCCCAGUACUGGUGAUCGAAUAAUCGCAUCCCUCGAGAGCAGUCCAGUUGGUGACGCGGGACAGGAUAUGAGAGAUUUCAGCGCCGGGACCAAUGUUAGCUUGGAAUUAAACGACGAGCCAUGGGGUGUGGUAUCGCAAGCCGCGCCUGUUCCGCGACCGGUUUCGAAGAAGUCCGAACGCCUGUUACUUCGACCGACGACAUCAGAGGAGUGCAUACAGAAGAGCGUCGAUGCGAAGAUCUCGCCGUGGCAGAGCGCCGCGACCACUCCGAUCAUCUCCAGCGAUUCAAUCGAUCCUCCAGCUGCCGACCCCGCUGCUAAUGGUCUGACGCUUCCCGUCGUGCAGGUCGAUGGUGGGAACAUCUUAUCAAGAGAGACGAGCAAUUCUUCCAUGGUGAAGAUUCCCACAAUGUUGGUCGAUGAUGGAGCCGAAUACAGAGCGCGCGCUCGCAAGAUCUUUGAGGGAGAUGAAGAGGAUGUUGUCAAGGCAGAGGCCGCCGCCUGGAUGGGCGAGAGAAACCUGCUGAGCGCCAGGACAUUGGAAGCGUACAUGCAACUCUUCGACUUCUCUGGGAUGAACAUUCUCACUUCGCUGAGAAUGCUCUGCAAUAAGUUGGUGUUGAGGGGUGAGACACAACAGUUUGAUCGGAUCAUCACGGCGCUGUCGUCACGAUGGUGCGAGUGCAAUCCCAACCAUGGCUUCAAGGCGCAAGAUGUGAUUCACUGCAUUUGCUACUCGCUGAUCCUCCUCAACACCGACCUGCAUCUGGCUGAUAUCGGAGAGAAGAUGUCACGCAGCGCAUAUGUCAAAAACACACUGCCAACGAUCAAGCGCGUCGUCAGCGAUGCUGCGCCAAACGCCUUUGAUGAUACCUUGCGCCCGCACACAACGCAGAAUAUACGGCCUCCAAUGCCGUGGAGUGAUUCGAACUCGCCCAUGCCUUCGCCUUCACCUAUACCAUCGCCAAUGUCGCCGAUGUCUGACAUAUCGUCGGAGCGCCCAGAUUCGUUUGGCAUCGAGCCGAGCACACUGGCCGCGGUCAAUACCAACGUCAAACGACUGUCAAUCAGACCAGGCGUCUUGCGGAAUGAUUCCGAUGCGCCAGACUCUGCGACUUUCAACGCAUCCAACAUGCUCGUGAACAACCCUUGGAUGGGCACCAUGCGAGCUUGGGAAGCGGAAGUUGAGACUGUGUUGAAGCACUUCUUCACAUCUAUCAAAGCCGAUCCUCUUCCUCUGCAUGGCGCUAUCGUAACAGAUCUUCCGCUGGGAACCAACCGCAACUUGUCGGUCGUGGAUCUGGCCGGUAGUGUGAGGCGGUCGGGAUCCAUCAUCAGCAAGGCUCCUUCGGAUACCAUGUCGUACCGCUCCAAAGGUGGAAUGCGAUCCAUGACCAUGGGAUGGCAAGCUCGAAAUAAUCGACCUCGACCAAAGAUCUACCCCGCCAGCACGAUUGGGUCGUCGAGAACGAGCUUCGAUGAUGCGAGUGGUUUCUGGUCACCUGCGCAGAGCAGCAAGUAUUCAUUUAACAAAACGCUUACUUCUGCUUCGGUUGCUAGUCUUGGGUACGCGGAUCCUUUCAAGCACUCGAUUGGAUUUGCCAACGCUCUUUCCGAAGCCAUCAUCCGGGAGGAGAACACAAGUACUGGAGAUAUGGAAAACAUUUCCAUUCCAGGCGGACUCUUGGAGGAUGAAAGUCUAGCACUGGAAGGUGCGCCGUGGGCGAAAGAAGGCUUGGUCAAGCACAAGCAUCACCUGGAAACUCCAUCUCGAAAAGCCAAGGAAAGAAGCUGGAACGACUGCUUUGCCGUCGUCAGCAAAGGCAAGCUUACCCUCUUUGCCUUUAACACUUCCACCAAAUCACAAUCAUCGGCGAGGAAGCCUUUCUACAAGAGCGGCAAGGCUGCCAGCGUCACUGGUGCCCGAGUCGGCGGUGGUGAUUGGAUGGAGAAUGCCGAGCAAUUGGACGUGUUUGUCCUCCGACAGACUAUCGCCUCAACACUGCCACCGCCUGGAUAUAGCAAGACUAGACCACAUGUAUGGGCGUUGAGUCUACCUUCUGGAGCUGUCCAUCUGUUUCAAGUCGGUACUCCGGACAUCGCCGAGGAGUUCAUCACUGCUGCCAACUACUGGUCUGCUCGUCUGAGCAAAGAGCCACUGUCGGGUGGUGUCUCCAACGUUGAAUAUGGCUGGUCCGAAAAGAUCAUCAAUCCCGCUUUGCUGGAGCGCGCAGAAACUCCAAGCUCCCCGCCAAUCUCAACGCAGAACCGCCCGAUGGGCCACACACCUAGUUUGUCCACUGAGCGUGCUAGAGGGAGCCUACAAUCUUCCAUCAGAGGUAGCUUUGACACUGGGUUUGGGAGUAUGAAGUCCAAACUCCCCGGUGACAAGGCUCACAUUCUUGAAUGGCAGCCUCCUAGUCAGUCGAUGAUGGCUAGUCAGUUGUUGGAGGUUGAUCAGUUGAGGCAGCUUACUGCCUAUGUUGCGGAGAGUGAAGCCGAGUUGCAGACUCAUCAGGAGUUGAAGCAUGCUAUUGAACUUGCUUUUUCCCCGCGCCACCCGAACCRUGUUAAAGCCAUGGCCAACUGGCAGCGCAAAUCUGAUUAUUUGCUCCGCGAGACUAUAAAGUUCAGGACGUAUAUAGAUAGUUUGACAGCCGCGAAUGCGGCCAAGGAGGCGCUUUAUGCGAGGAAGAGUGAGGGGAGACCGCUCUCGCCUGUUGUUAAGGACGACGACGAGGGCAACUUGAUCGCAAAAGUGCUACCACGGGUUAUUUACACCUCUGGAUAG